AUGACUUGAACGAUGGACGUCAUCAACUUGACAAGCAUCCUCGACAGCGGCUUUCCGGAAGAGGCUUCCUCCGGUCGCGUCCUGACCGGUUGUUUCCUCUCACUGCUCAUCCUCACCACCUUGCUGGGGAACACGCUUGUGUGCGCGGCCGUGACCAAGUUCCGCCACCUGCGCACCAAAGUGACCAACUUUUUUGUCAUCUCACUGGCCGUGUCGGACCUCUUAGUGGCCAUCUUGGUCAUGCCGUGGAAGGCGGUGACCGAGAUCGCCGGUUUCUGGCCCUUCGGCUCCUUCUGCGACACCUGGGUGGCCUUUGACAUCAUGUGCUCCACCGCCUCUAUCCUCAACCUCUGCGUGAUCAGCCUGGACCGCUACUGGGCCAUCUCCAGUCCCUUCCGCUACGAGCGCAAGAUGACGCCCACGGUGGCGUACGUGAUGAUCAGCGCGGCCUGGACGCUGUCCGUCCUCAUUUCCUUCAUUCCGGUGCAGCUCAAGUGGCACAAGGCUCAAACCACGUCUCCCUCCUCUCUGAGAUCGAACGUCACGUCGGAGAACUGCGACUCCAGCCUGAACCGGACCUACGCCAUCUCCACCUCGCUCAUCAGCUUCUACAUCCCCGUUGCCAUCAUGGUGGUCACCUACACACAAAUCUACCGCAUCGCCCAAAGGCAAAUCAGGAGGAUCUCUGCUUUGGAGAGAGCGGCCGAGAGCGCCAAGAACCGACACGACAGCAUGGGCGGAGGCUCCGGCAGCAUCGCCGAAUCCGAGAGCUCCUUCAAGAUGACUUUCAAGAGGGAGACCAAGGUCCUGAAGACCCUAUCGGUGAUCAUGGGCGUGUUUGUGUGCUGCUGGCUGCCGUUCUUCGUGCUCAACUGCAUGGUGCCCUUCUGCGAGGAGUCAAGCGGCGGCGAGGCUUUCCAGUGCAUCAGCCCCACCACCUUCGACGUGUUCGUGUGGUUCGGCUGGGCGAAUUCCUCCCUCAACCCCAUCAUCUACGCCUUUAACGCGGAUUUUCGCAAAGCCUUCUCCAUCUUGCUGGGCUGCCACAAACAAUAUCCAGGAGGCCACAACAUCGAGACAGUCAGUCUAAACAAAAAAUGACUCAUGACUCCCUCACAGCGCUGACUCAUCCACGGAGGAGUGGGAUCGCCGUCAAAUAGGGACGCUGCUCUGCGUGUGUUAGAGUGACUGAUGGAUGCGCUGACCCUGCAUGGACCCCGGUUGCACCGGCCAAGUGGCCCCCUCUCCAGGCAGACUGUCAGAGUGAGCACGCUCACCACACGGAUGCGAGCGAGCGAGCGAGCGAGGGAGAAGGGGAUUUAGGGAUUGAGAUUAAGACUUUUGUGCCAGGCAGCGCAACAGUGCUGGGAGGCCCGUGGAAUAGAUAAUCCCAUGACUGGGCAGAACGCACACCCUAAUGCUGCCAAACGCUGCUCUCUUCGACACCAUCACAUACAUGCCAGUGUGAAUAUAAUAGAUUAAGAAACUAUGACAACAACCAUGUCCAGCAAAUAAAUACACAAGCUAAUUACUAUUCAAAGUGGACCUAUAUGAUUUGAAUCUACAUUUAAAACACUUCCUAGUGG